AGUUAAUAUGUUGUUGUGUUUGGAUCAUGUCUUUAUCACACACUGUCAGACUGCCUAAGUCUUUAUAGUCGGUAGAGGACCAUGACAUCACUUGUUAUCGCACACAAUCCCCCCUAUGUUAGUUUUUGAACUUUGAACGUGUGGACUUUACAUCCUCAUCAUCUACAGAGUGUUUUAUACACGUGUACAAAAUGGCAGGCAGCACUGGUGUAAAUCUGAAGAGUAUUUUUAUUUUCUGUGCAUUGUUUUAUGAAUGUUUCUCAAUCACUUUUGGACCAGGGAAAACUUACCAAUACAAAUAUGAAACAAUUGUAAAUUUUAACGAAGCUGUUUCCUAUGGAAAAACAGUUGGAUUUCAGUUGUCAACAGAAUUUGAAAUUGGAGAGAUAUUCAGAGCUGGAGAGACACAACUUUUGAAAGUCCAGGUCACCACUGCCUCCGUCUCUAGCUUUGCAAGACCUGAAGUCAAAGGAGAAUUAGUCAAACUUAUAAAGUAUCCUAUUUAUUUUGAAUAUACCGAUGGAGUUAUUGGGAGGGUAUAUACAUCAGAAGUUGAAUCAAUAUUCUGUGCCAAUGUCAAAAAAGGACUCUUGUCACUGUUCCAACUCCAAGAAACUGAAGGACAGAGAGAUGAGAUUGAUGUGGCCGGUGAGUGCAGUGCCUAUUAUGCAGUGUAUGGAGGCAGAAUUACCAAAACCAAGCAAAACUGUCAGAAUGUGGAGAUUGCAGGAGAGUACGAAAAUGUCAACAAGAUGUUUGGUGUGUCGCCUGACAACAGUUUUGUGACCCACUAUGACACAGCUGAUGGCAUCAUUAAGUCAGCCACAGGCUCCUCUAGACAUUCCAUCAUCAUCAAUGCCAGACCACAGCUCAGUGCUGCUGUAGCGGCCAUACAGCGGUUACAUUACGUCAGUGAUGCAGCUGGUGCUGCCGCAAUAUCAGCUAAUAAUAUUAAAGAAGCACUUGAUUUAAUUUAUAAAGGUGAGGCCAAAAAGUAUCGGGAAAUGUUACUGCCAAGUGGUCCUGAAGUACAGGAGUGUACAGAAAAUUGUGAAAAACCUGUGUCAAUAUUACAAAAUGUAAAAGAAGACUUAACAAGUGAAAAAUUGGCAAAGAUUGUCUCAGGAAAAGCUUAUUUAAAACUGUUGCGGGCAUUUAGAAAUUCGGGAAAAGCAUCAAUAGAAGAAGUUCUAACUCACAAGGACAGCUAUAACAUCGUAGAACAGCUGAUAGAUGUGGCUGCAGCCACCCAGACCCCUGCAGCCCAUGAAGCACUGAUGCAGCUCAUUACAUUUACUGAUGAAUCUGCCAUUGAUUACCCAGAGAGGUUCAUAUUAGCCUCAGCUUACACAACCCACCCUGGAGAAUACUUAUUAAAGGGCAUGCUUGAGCUGAUGAAGAAGAAGGUGCCAAAUGAAAGUUUACGAGAAUCAAUUGCCCUUGGAAUGGGAGCGGUUGUAAAUUCCUUUUGUAAGCCAUAUGGGAAUUGUUUGGAGUAUUCGACAAUUGCAGAAUAUGUGAAUUAUGUUGAAACUGAAUUGAAAUCAUGUGAAGAAGAGGAGUGUAAACUGUUGUAUAUUAGAUCUAUGGGAAAUGCAGGUCUUGCCAAGUUUUUGCCAUCCCUGCUGAACCAGGCAUUAAACUCAAAGAGUUCCACUGUGUCUCUUACUGCCAUUCAAGGUCUGAGAAGAAUGAAGAUCAGUGGUUUUAAAGACCAGGUGAAUCAAGUAUUGAAGUCUAUAUUUCACCAAAAUAAGAGAAAUUAUGAUUCAAGUGUUCGGAUUGCUGCUCUCGAAAUUCUCCUACAAAAUGGAAUUUCAACAGGAGGGUUGCGUAACAUUGUUUUGUCUGCUAUGUAUGACCAAACCGAAUUUGAAGUUUCAACAUACCUAAUGAAAAGAAUGAAAGACUUGUCAGAAUCAGAUCCAAAGUUCAGGUCAAGCUUAGCUGUAGUUCUGUCAGACCCUAUGGUGAACAACUACAAUCUCUUUGCUCAAAAAGGAAAGUCAAGUGCCUUUACUGGAUACCUUGCAGAGACAUCUAGUGCAAACUGUACCUAUGGUUUGUACCAAGAAAACACUAAAUCAGGAGUCAUGAAGAAAAGUGCUAUGGUUGUCAACGUUCUAAACAAACAAGCAACUCAACCAUUACUUACAUUUGGGAUUUAUGCUGAUGGGAUUGAGGCUUUGGUGGGAGAUGCAGCAGAAGGGGAGGAGUCAACUGAAGCCACGGCUGGGCUCUCGCUGACCAUGAUGGAUGUCCUGCUCCGCCCGGUUGAGUUCUUUCGGGGAAUGAGUGGACUAAUGACAGCUGUAUGGAAUGCUCCUUCUGAGCCUGUCUCUGCUCUGCAGGGAAAUCUUCUACUCCAAGAUUAUUCUCAUAAAAUACACCUGUCCAAUGGUUUGAUUGUGGAUGCCAGUGUUCUUGGUGUGGCUUCCAUUGAUCUGUCAGGGAAGAUAAGCAUCAGUCUGUGGUACAAAAACUCCCACUCAGUCAUCACAAACAGUGGAGCAUUGGUUGUUGAAGGAUCUUUACAAAUUGAUUCAGAAGAACUUAAAUCAGGAAUUCGAUUUUCUACCGAAUCAGAGGCCUUCAUUGACUUCCAGACUGAUGUGGACUUUGCUGAGAUGCCUGUUAAAAUGUGUUUACAAAUGAAGAGACCUCCUAUAUCUUCCAGAAAUUCUGUAGAAAAAUUUGAGAAGUCCAGAUAUUUUAAGAAAAGACUGACAAUUAGAAAGAAGAGAUCAAGUUCUACACCUCCUGUUUCAUACUUCAUUAAUGAGAAGAACUCCUUUAUGUGUACCGCAAUGGACCCUGACCAAUGAGGCACAGAAGACCAUAGCUAUUGACAGACUCCCGUUUCAAAAUGUAUGUCAGUAUGUGAUGAAAUUCAUGAUGGUCAAAAUACUCAUUUGUGCAAACAUCAGUGCAACAUUCAAAUACUCAAUGAAUUCCAAAAUACUCUGUCCAGUAUUAUACAUACAAUUUUUAUUUUUGUUACAAGACCAAUAUUUAUGAAAAAUAAACUAAAAGACAUGAAAAAAAGGUA